UGGCGUGUUGGGCAGUGUAUAUUGUCUCAAAAUGUCGCGAGCGUGCGCGCUUCAGCAUCCAUUGUUUAUUAUCAAAAAGUGAUAAAUCAAAUGACUUUGCAAUAUUAUUGAUAAUACUUUACCAAUUAGUGGAUUUGAUGUUUGUUUUAGAACCCUUGUGUGUGAGUGAUUUACUUUUUGUGGACUGUUCAAAUUGGGAUAUAAGGAAAAAAAUGCUCCCGUUAGUUGAGUGGCGGCCAUAUUAACAGGCGUGUUGGGAUGUGAUGCGCCGAAUCGACCACGCCCACAAUGAGCUCCUUCCUCAUGAACGGCGGAUACCAGCCACAGCCCGACCCGAAGUUCCCACCCUCGGAAGAGUACAGCCAAGCGGACUACAUACCACCUGGAGAGUACUACCAGCACCAACACCUACAGUAUGGCUACCAACAUCAAUACCCAGUACAAAUUGGUACAGGAUACGGCUACGGAGGGUAUUACCAUCCGUUGCCUCAGCACCCACCUGUGGCACCUCCUCCGAGACCACCCGAGCCAUCGCAUCCGUCAGACGCCGACCACGGCUACAUCCCUCACAAUGACAGCGCCCCAGGCCUGGCCGAGCUAGGCUUAAGAUUAGAAAGGCAUAUAGAAGAAGCUGCACCAGCUGCAAGGAAACUUCAGGCCCUAGGUCGAGAAGGUUCCCCUGUAUCGGAGAUGGAUGAUGAGAGAUUACUUCUAGAUAGUCCACCCGUUGAAGACGAUGAUUCAUCGAUAUGUUCUGAUAACACGGAUAGGGUUAUCUAUCCGUGGAUGAAGAAAAUUCAUGUUGCUGGCGCUUCUAAUGGGACCUAUCAACCGGGAAUGGAACCCAAAAGACAGCGGACGGCGUACACGAGGCACCAAAUAUUAGAACUGGAGAAAGAAUUCCAUUACAAUCGGUACCUAACGAGAAGAAGAAGAAUAGAAAUAGCUCAUACUCUAGUCCUAUCCGAGAGGCAAAUCAAAAUAUGGUUUCAAAAUAGACGGAUGAAAUGGAAAAAAGAUAAUAAAUUACCGAAUACCAAAAAUGUUAGAAGAAAAACUAAUCCGGCUGGCGUCACAACGACCACAACUAAGGGUGCACCAAAGAGUAGAUCGAAUAAGAAUACCAAUAAUAAUGAUAAGAAGAAAUCGAAUAAUAAUGGACGGCCUGAUAGCAUAGAAAAUGUAACGGAUAAUAUUAUGAAUGAACUACAUUGUGUUGGAGCGCAGCAGAACAUGUCGCAUGAUCCUGCGAUCAGUCCUAUGUCGCAUCCAGGCAGUCAAAUGAAUCCAGGCCAUUCUAUGACGGCGCAUCACUUGCAUAUGAUGGGACUUCAUGCAGGCAUGGAUCCGUCCCUUGUUGCGAACUUAUCAGCCCAUGGGUCACCAGUUGGCAACACUAGCUGUGGGACAGGUAUUGGUACAGGAAACACACCAGUUAUAAAAUCAGACUAUGGUCUUACCGCCUUAUAAUCUUUAGUAUUUAAAGGAGAUGCUAUAUUUUCAUUGAUGGACUUUGAAUAAAUUCUUACCAUUCCUACGCGUUAAAAAAGUGUUAUAAAUUGAUGAUUAUACAGUAAAUUAAGUUAAUUUAAGUUGUGUAAGUAAUAAUAGUGUAUACCAGUCAUGAUUUUGGAUGUUUGGAUAAUGUUAAGUGGAAAACUUUACAAUGUCAAAAGUGUGAUUAUUUUAGGAUAGGAAAGACAUUUGGGCUGAGUGUUGGAUUUGUACUUUAUUCAUUAAGUCAUUGUCAACUAAGUUACAAUAACUGUUAAAAAUAAAAAAUAAAAAUAUUCUACAGAUGUAAAAUAAAUCAGUUACCGAUACGUAGGGAUAUGAUUGAUAGUUAUGCAAAAAUAUACCUAACAAUUGCCUACAAAAUAUGUUUGUUAUUUAAGUAUUUUGGAUUUCAUUUGAAAAAUGUAGCAUUUAAGUAUUACAUACAAUACAGAGUCAGAGUAUGACAUGCCUGAACUGGUAUAAAUAACCUAAGGAUAUUACAUCAUAUUUUGUGUCUGUUUAAAUUGUCUAAAUUGCUAUAAUUUUGUUAAUUUUGUCAACAAGAAUAAAUACCUGUUAGUUUAAAAAUAUAGGUCAAACUUUCCCCAGUAGACAACUUUCCUCAACAAAUUCGUCUAUCUCCGACUGUGUAUCAUGCAUGUAAUGCCAGCAACAGAAAUCUUUGAAUCUCUUUAGAGACUUUUGUUGAUUCUGAUCGCUAGAACCGCAGCAAUAAAAGAUAACUCAUAACCACGACUACUCUACCUAGAGUGAACGAAUAAAAAGAUUCUUCUUUUCCUUGAAUGAUCAAGAAGAUUAUUCUCCUUUUCUGAAAUUCUACCUAUUUUUUAUAAAAAAAUGUCCAA